CUUCUGCUUAAAGACUAAAUACUAAGAAAUUUAAGUCACUGCCAUGGGGUUAAUUAUGCUGUGUGGUAAGUGCAUUGUUAAUUUUAUUUAUUAACCUUGUUCCCAUUGUUGUGAAGAAUUUUUCUUUCUACUUGUAUAACGCAGCCAUUUCUGUAUUUUCUCAAAUAUUUUCCUCCACAUUAUUAACAUUUUAAAAAAUAACAAUGAAAAUUAUGCCCUUAUGUUUAGUCACCUCUUGGCUAGACUACACCUAUUUCACUGCACAGUGAUGUGGCUUCUUUUCUAUGACCGUGAGUCUAAUUUUAAGUUCACACACAGAUUUUGUUUGCAUAUUUAUUUAUACUUUUGUAACAGGUCAGCACUGUUUGUUUCUACCCAUGAAGGGAGCCAAAAAUGUGUCUGAAAAUUGGUGGGUAAACAUUAAGUACUAAUAAGGAACUUUUAUUGAAUUCUUACUGUGCUCUCUGUUAGACAUGUUUAUCUUCUCAAGUUAAUCUUCUGACAUUUUUCAGAUGAGGAGAUUUGCAGUUUAGAAAAGUUAAAGGCCUUGCCUGGGGUCACUGGCCUUGUAGGUAAUGGAGCCAGGGUUCAAACCCAGGCUGACUGCAGAGCCCACCCUCUGAGGCAGGGAGGGUCACUGAUUCAGUCUUAGAGUUUGCUAAAAGCUGAAUCAGUAAGGGCGUUACCUGCGUUAUGUCACUAGCCAGUGCUUUAUGGAUAGGUGCACCUGUCUCCAGGGCAGGAAUCUAGCUGCCUGGGCUUGCUGAAUUCUGCCUUUAGGCCAUGGCACUCUGUCCCUGUUUGGCAUAGCAUCCAGCUAUCUAAAUCUUCUUACAGCCUUCGGAGUUCCACCUCUCCUCUGAAGCUUUCUUUAACAAUUUUAGACCACACUGAUAUCUCCAGUCUCAGGAAAGGAUCCUCAUUAUGGUGCAUGAUUAUAAACGGCCAUAAUACUCUUUAGCACAUGGCUGCUUCCCCAGCUGGUCCCUGAGCUCCUGGAGAGCAGGCCCUGUAUUACACUACUCCCUUGGGCCCCUGCUAAUUAGCCUCUGGUCUUACUCUCCUAAAGAAGAGAGGUUCAAGUUCCAGUGGCUUAUUUUCAGUUGACAAAUACUCAUUGUGUCCUGGUCAUGACCCCCAGUGAGACCUGCACUUCAUUCUUAAUCCUCAGACUUGAGGAACUCGUGUAAUCAUUUUCUGAAACACUGACAUCAACAGUCAUACUCUCUUUACUGCUCUCCAGUGGGACACCGCUCUCUGAUCUUGCUGUAUUGUUUAUCAGAAAUGAUUUCAGUUCUGUUGUAAAUUACCAUGCACAGUAUUUUACAAUUGUAGAAAAAUCCUACUGAUGGGUUAAACUACGUUUAGAACAGCCCCUGCUAGGCAGUAACCUACAUCUUGCUCCGUUGUCUCGGCAGCCCAGUGAAUCUGCUAAGUAUUUGUAUUUAGGAAUUUCUUUUAUAUGGAUGUUAAACAAAAAUCUUUCCACACAGGCCAAAAGCUUUUCUAAAAGAAAGGGUUUAUGGAGCCAAAUGCUAGUCAGAAAAGGAGCCGGUCCUGGAACAUACAGCUGAAACCCCCAGCAGCAGAGCUGGAUGGAGAAGGCAGUGUGCCUGCCUUCCUGGAGCUGCUGGGUUCUUUCAUGCAUCAUGUUCUGGGGAAGACAAAUGAAGACAGAGAUGUCAAUAACCCCAUGCCUAACCGAGGAGGCAAUGGACUAGUUCCUGGGGAUGACAGAUUCAAACCUGUGGUACCCUGGCCUCAUGUUGAAGGAGUAGAAGUGGACUUAGAAUCUAUUAGAAGAAAACACAAGGCCAAAAAUGAACAAGAGCACCAUGCUGGAGGAGAGAACCAGAGAGACAUAAUGCAGAGGCAGUAUCUCACUUUUAAGCCUCAGACAUUCACCUACCGGGAUCCUGUGCUACGCCCCGGGGUCCUCGGUAACUUUGAACCCAAAGAACCUGAGCCUCAUGGAGUGGUUGGUGGCCCUGGAGAGAAUGCCAAGCCAUUGGUUUUGGGACCAGAACUCAAACAUGCAGUUCAAGCCAGCAUUAAAGAGUUUGGAUUUAACAUGGUGGCAAGUGACAUGAUCUCCCUGGACCGCAGCGUCAAUGACCUACGGCAAGAAGAGUGCAAGUAUUGGCAUUACGAUGAAAACCUGCUCGUUUCCAGCGUUAUCAUUGUUUUCCAUAAUGAAGGAUGGUCAACCCUCAUGAGGACAGUCCACAGUGUCAUUAAAAGGACUCCAAGGAAAUAUUUAGCAGAAAUUGUAUUAAUUGAUGAUUUCAGCAAUAAAGAACACUUAAAAAAAAAACUAGAUGACUAUAUUAAGCUGUGGAAUGGCCUAGUAAAGGUAUUCCGAAAUGAGAGAAGAGAAGGUUUAAUUCAAGCACGAAGUAUUGGUGCCCAGAAGGCUAAACUUGGGCAGGUUUUGAUAUACCUUGAUGCCCACUGUGAGGUGGCAGUUAACUGGUAUGCACCACUUGUAGCCCCCAUUUCUAAGGACAGAACUACAUGUACUGUGCCUCUAAUAGAUUACAUAGAUGGGAAUGAUUAUUCCAUUGAACCACAACAAGGUGGGGAUGAAGAUGGUUUUGCCAGAGGGGCCUGGGACUGGAGUUUACUAUGGAAACGUAUUCCUCUAAGCCACAAGGAAAAGGCCAAAAGAAAACAUAAAACUGAACCUUAUCGAACCAUUUGCACUGUGCCGAUUAUAGAUGUCAUAAAUGGCAACACAUACGAAAUUGUACCCCAAGGGGGUGGUGACGAAGAUGGGUAUGCCCGAGGAGCAUGGGAUUGGAGUAUGCUCUGGAAACGGGUGCCUCUGACCCCUCAAGAGAAGAGAAUCAGAAAGACAAAAACUGAACCAUAUCGGUCCCCAGCCAUGGCUGGUGGAUUAUUUGCCAUUGAACGAGAGUUCUUCUUUGAACUGGGUCUGUACGAUCCAGGUCUCCAGAUUUGGGGCGGUGAAAACUUUGAAAUCUCAUACAAGAUAUGGCAGUGUGGCGGCAAAUUACUGUUUGUCCCUUGUUCUCGUGUGGGACAUAUCUACCGUCUCGAGGGCUGGCAAGGGAAUCCUCCGCCCAUUAAUGUUGGGUCUUCUCCAACGAUGAAGAAUUAUGUUAGAGUUGUUGAGGUCUGGUGGGAUGAAUAUAAAGACUACUUCUAUGCCAGUCGUCCUGAAUCAAAGGCAUUAGCAUAUGGAGAUAUCUCUGAGCUGAAAAAAUUUCGAGAAGAUCACAACUGCAAAAGUUUCAAAUGGUUCAUGGAAGAGAUCGCUUAUGAUAUCACCUCACACUACCCUUUGCCACCCAAAAAUAUUGACUGGGGAGAAAUCAGAGGCUUUGAAUCUGCUUACUGCAUUGAUAGCAUGGGAAGGACAAAUGGAGGCUUUGUUGAACUAGGACCCUGCCACAGGAUGGGAGGGAACCAGCUUUUCCGAAUCAACGAAGCUAAUCAACUCAUGCAGUAUGAUCAGUGUUUGACAAAGGGGCCUGAUGGAUCAAAAAUCAUGAUUACACACUGUAACCUAAAUGAAUAUAAGGAAUGGCAGUACUUCAAGAACCUGCACAGGUUUACUCACAUUCCUUCCGGAAAGUGCUUAGACCGCUCAGAUGUCCUCCAUCAGGUGUUCCUCUCCAACUGUGACUCCAGUAAAAUGACUCAGAAGUGGGAAAUGAAUAACAUCCACAGUGUUUAGAAAGAAUAAAAGAAACCAAUAACCUACCUACUGACACGUAAAUUUUCACAGGACUGAAAACCGCCUGAAACCUGCUGCAACUAUUAUUAACUCUGUACAGCUCCAAACCCAGCACCUCCUGAUAGGUUUGAAGGACAUUGAUAAACUGUGAUUUUACAAUAACAUUGUCAUCUGCAGUUACUGUUUACAAAACUGCUUUUACCUUAAACUUUAUAGAUGUUUACAUCUUUUUGUGUUGUUUUGUUUUAAGAUGAUGUUGGUAAUUUGUGCAUUUAUAUCUGUUCAGAACAGAGCUAAAAGCAUCGUUGUCUUCUUUGGGAUUACACUCAGGGGUCUGACAGGCAGUUUGAUUUUUUUUUUUUUAACACACUUGAAAAAAGGUUGGAGUAACCAGACUUUCAUAUAUAACUUGGUGAUUAUCAACCUGUUGUGUCUUUAUUUAAUUUUACAUCUUUUUGAAGCACUGCCACAGGUUAUUAGCCAAGGUGGCCUUCCUUCACCGUCAUGCUGCUUUUUUGAAAGGUGAAUUUCAACACAUUUAGUGCCUCUUUCAUUUUCUCAGUAUAUAUUUCAAGAGCUUUCAAUGAAAUGUAUAGGAUGGUAAUGAUGGAAUUGUCACCAGUAAAUACUUUUACUACUCAGAAAUGAAUUUAUGUGCUACCAUUUGCUCUGAGAUCAAAUGUUGUAUGGCUUGAAAAAAAAUUAACAACAUGAAACCCCAAGGCUCUUCCAUAGGAACUGAAGAUUGUAUGGCAUUAAGUUCCUUACUUGCUGGCAUUCCCACUGCCCUCUGUUAAUACCAACUCCUAAAAGAGCAGAAGGGUCUGCCAACUAGAAAAAAAUUGACCAUUGACCUCUGGAAUUUACUUUCCCCCAAUACCUGUCAUUAUAGAAAACUAUAAUUCUCAGUUUCAAAUCUUAAAAUGGGGGAGAGGGAGGUAACAAAAACAACAAAACACUGCUGUAAACAAACAUCAAAGGUUCAUUCUGAAGAAUUUUCAAGCCCUUGUUAAAUUAAGCCUUACAAAGCUCCUGUGCAUUAUAACCUAAGCUGUGCAACCUUUCAAGCCAAGAGUGAAUGGAUGUUUUAUUUAUAUCUUCAUCCAAAUAAAAUUCCCUGCACAUUUAAAAAUUUAAAUAGGCUAUUUAAAAAUACAGUUCAUUAACAAACAUGAACUCCUUUCUGUUAGAUUAAGUGUUAGUUCCCUAAUCUUUAUUUUUUUAUUUUUUCCCCCUAAUCUUUAUUAAUUCUUUUAGGAAGUAUAUUUCUAUUAGUAUUUUUCCAGUAAAAAGAAGACUUGUUUGGAUUUAAACAUUUACUAAGACAGUAUAGGAAAACCAAAUACUGGAGAUGAUUGAUUAGAUUUUUAUUUCUAACGAAAUACUCUUUUAUUGCUCAAAAUAUUAAAAUGCUAUGUUAAGCCUGACCGGCGUGACUCAGUGUUUGAGCAUCGACCUUUGAACCAGGAGGUCACAGUUCAAUUCCUGGUCAGGGCACAAGCCCUGUUGUAGGCUUGAUCCCCAGUAGGGGGCAUGCAGGAGGCAGCCAAUCAAUGAUUCUCAUCAUUAAUGUUUCUCUCUCUCUGAAAUCAAUAAAAAUAUAUUUUUAAAAAUAAUAAAAUGCUAUGUUAAGGGGGGGCAAAUAACAUGAGUUGGGGAAUGGCAAGUAAAUUAAGCAUUUUUGAUCCUGUAAUUAUGAUAUCAUUACAAUGAAUGGAAUUCACAAACUACUGCCAGAGGGAAAUAUUUUUAAUUAAAGCUCAAAAAAGAAAAAAACAACAACAAAAAAACAAAACCCUACAUUUGUUUAAAUGAAAAGUCUACAAAUCUGUUUCUUCCAAGGCUAGUCCUUAAAUUUGGAGAGUUAAACAUCCUAAACAGAAUUUUAUUUAUAAUUUUGAAUUGUCUAUUUGUAUUUUGCUACUGAUCUAUAAUCAACCAUUUUAACUUUCAUUCAUCUCUAGAGAUGUUUAAAAAGGAGUAAAUUUAUAUGCUUAAAUAAUUGCAAAAUAAAUCAACUAUAAGAAAGAAAGAGAGUUGGUACUUUAAUUACUUGUGUGUUUGCAAAUAGGUUCCAUUUUUCUUGUUGAAUAAAUUACAACCUUGUUAACUAUGCAUAGGCCUAAGAAAGGUGGCACAUAAACUGUGCAUGUAAAUUUUAAAUAGAUAUUUUGUGCAAUUCGUAGAUAAUCUAUGAAAAUGAUUCUCUAUAUUGAAAUCAGAAACCUUACCAAACACACACAAAAAAAACAACAUCAGAAGCUGCUGCCAUAAUGACUAUUUUCUACUGUAGGCUGCUUUGGAAAUAAUUCCCAUAUCCUUGCUUUGUAAGUUGAUAAUAUCACUAUGCAUUUCUACACAUUUUAUAAAUUUGAUUUGUGCAGAUUUUGAUACACUGUAUGUUUCUGUAGAAAUUAUAUAAAUAUUCAGAAUUUUAUUAGGGAUAAAUUUGAGAAGUUUAUGUAUAUCUUAAUUAUGGGUUGCUUGUUUUUUAGAUGAGAAAAAAUAAAAUACUGUAUUUUAAUUCA